CUUUUGGCGGGCACCGCAUGCACGCACCUUGUACGGGCCUGGCAAGGUUUGGCGACCCGACCCUGACGUUUAACUUCCCAAAGCGAAUCACACCUACUCUCCUUUCCCCCUUCCCAACCAAACAUUUCUCCAACUUGAGCUUCGAGGACGUUCACAUAUUCACAAUGUCGGACGUAGAAGACAACAACCAGCCCGAGGUCUCCGAGGAGGUCGAGGUUUCCGGCGAUGCCCCCAAGGGUCAGAUGUCCGUUCUCGACGCUCUCAAGGGUGUCCUGAAGCUCGCUCUCAUCCACGAUGGUCUUGCCCGUGGUCUGCGUGAGGCUUCCAAGGCCCUCGACCGUCGCGAGGCGCACAUGUGCGUUCUCAACGAGAACUGCGAGGAGGAGGCCUACAAGAAGCUUGUCACUGCCCUCUGCCAGGAGCACAAGAUCCCCUUGAUCAAGGUGCCUGAUGGCAAGCAGCUCGGCGAGUGGGCCGGUCUCUGCGUUCUUGACCGUGAGGGCAACGCCCGCAAGGUUGUCAACUGCUCUUGCGUCGUCGUUAAGGACUGGGGCGAGGAGUCGCAGGAGCGCUCUGUCCUCCUCAACUACUUCCAGACCGAGCAGUAAACUCCCUUGUUCCUCCGGGGUCGGCGUUACAAAUGGGAUGGAUCACAAAAUAGAGGCGGGAGUUUUGGUUUACAUAAUGAACCAAGGCAUGCAUCUCUUCAUGCUGCUACGCCCUUUUGGCCGUCGUGGCCCCUGUCCAAAAUUCACAUGCGGACGGGAAUGGAAAGAAAAAAAAACUUCUCAAAA